AUGUCAACAUACAAUUUAAGAAGUAGUGCAGCCACACAAGACCCCCCUAUAACUCGAGCAGCUAGUGUUCCGGACUUCGUUAAUGACAAUGAUCAAGAUUUAAAUACAACCAUUAUUGAGCCAAUGCAUACAACGCCAAUAUCUGCCGAUAAUGAUCAAUUAUGUGCAAUAAUGGCUGGUAUUAACGAUUUAGCCAGAGGUGUUUCUGAAAGACGACGAGACAUCGAUUUACUAAGAAGUCAUAUACAACAACAUCCGCCAAGAUUUGGUGGCCAAUCUGGAUUAGAUUUGCCACAUCAAGAGCCUUUCCAAUUUGAAGGUCAAUCGGGACAAAAUAUACAAUGCCCAUCUAUAACUAAUCUUGGACAAAAUAUGCCAAUGGAAACUUCUCCAAAUUUGCGUCCAAAUUAUAAUUCAUGCAAAAUAUACGAUUUGCCUGUUUUCUCCGGAAAACCUGAAGAAUGGCCAUUAUUUUAUGCAAACUUUAAAGAUAGCACCAAUGAAUUUGAUUAUAGUUAUCGCCAUAAUUUAAUGCGUCUGCAAAAAUGCCUUGUUGGUGAUGCAAAAGAAGCCGUUGCAUCGUUGCUAAUUUAUCCGAAAGAUGUACCAAAGGUAAUAGAAGAAUUAGAGUUUCGUUUUGGUAGACCUGAUCUUCUUGUACGUUCCCAAUUACAAAUGAUUCAACAAUUUCCUUCUGUGAGUGCCAAAAGAUUAGAUCAAAUUAUUACCUUCGCCACUAAGGUGAGAAAUGUAGUAGCAUUUCUUAAUUCUGCCAACUGCUCCCAUCAUCUUCUCAAUUCUACAUUAUUGGAGGAACUGGUAUCAAAAUUGCCCCUCGAUAAGCAAUAUGAGUGGGCCAGGUCAAGUAUGUCAAUUAAACCGUAUCCUACAGUUGCAGAUUUCUCCAAUUGGGUUGGAGAAUUAGCUAAAGUCAUAAGUGUUAUGGGAGUUAAUGUUCCCCAUGCUAAUCAAACCCGUCCUUUGAUGCUGAUUGAACAUCAGAAACAAAAACAAAAUCUAAAGUGUUACUUAUGUAAUGGUCAACAUGCUAUAUAUAAAUGCCAAAAAUUUACUGAGGAGUUACCAAUUAGUGUCCGUUGGGAUAAGGUUAAAGAGUUGAAGCUAUGUUUUUGCUGUUUAAAAAAAGGUCAUGGUUCCUCGAACUGCCGUUUUAAGAAAGCAUGUGGAAUAAAUAAUUGUAAGCGUCCGCAUCAUCCAACAUUACAUGAAGACAAGCCAGUUCCAUCUUCUGCAGUUGAAGAAACUCAGCCUCUUCUCAACUGCAGAAGUCAUCACAUAGAGGCAAGUAAAUUAUUUAAAAUAAUACCAAUUAAGAUAUUUGGUCCUGUCUCUUGCUUUAAGGGUUUUGCCAUAUUUGAUGAAGGGUCGUCAAUUUCUCUGAUGGAUGAAAAUAUUUCUAAGCAGCUGGGCCUCAAAGGUCAGCCAUCUCAAUUAACUCUUCAAUGGUAUGGAGACAAUGUUAUCACUGAGAAAUCGUAUAAAGUCAGUUGUGAAAUUGAAGGUGUUUCUGAACCUAAAAUUCGUUUUUCCCUGAAGAAUGUAUACACUGUGGGCAAGUUGAAUUUACCCAUGCAGUCUUUCAGGAAGAGUUCCUGUCCUCAUUUAAAAGAAAUUCCUAUAGAUGAUUAUGAAAACGCCAUCCCUGUUUUAUUACUUGGUUUGGAUAAUAUUCACUUGGCUAUUCCUACAGCUAUAAAAGAAGCUGGGGAAUCAAAUCCAAUUGCCGUUAAAACAAAACUUGGUUGGGUGGCAUAUGGUCCUACAAGUAUGACAUCAUCUCGAAGUCCAACAGUUCUACAUAUACACCAGACAAAUGAGUUGCAAGAAAUUCACGAUAUGGUUGGAGAAUAUUUUGCCACAGAAAAUUUUGGUACCAAUGCUAAUACGAAACUUCUACUUUCUGACGAAGAUCAAAUCGGUCGUAGUAUUAUGGAAAAUACAAUUAAGCGUGUCGGUGAACGAUUUGAGAUUGGUUUACUGUGGAAAAAGUAUCCGCCUGAACUUCCACCAAGUUACACUAUGGCCCAGAAGAGAUUAUACACUAUUGAGAAGAAAAUGCAACAAGAUAAAAAGUUCGCUCAAAAAUAUAUUGCAGAAAUUGAGAAAUACCUUCAAAAAGGUUAUGCCCGUAUGUUAUCAACUGAAGAAAUUGCUAAUAAAGAGUACCCAAUUUGGUAUUUACCGCACUUUGGCGUGGUCAACCCCCACAAACCAGAAAAACUUCGGGUUGUAUUUGAUGCAGCAGCUAAAACCGCAGAUAUAUCUUUAAAUUCCUCGUUAGUAAGAGGACCUGAACAAACAAAGCCAUUACUUAGCAUUCUUCUCAAGUUUCGUGAAGGAGUCAUUGCCGUUGCAGCUGAUAUCAGAGAGAUGUUCUCGCAAGUCAUAAUUCGUGAAGAAGAUCAACAUGCUCAACGAUUUCUUUGGCGAAAUGGAGAUGUUAAUAAACCAAUUCAACAAUACGCAAUGGUCUCGAUGACGUUUGGAGCUGUUUGUUCACCUUGUUGUGCUGAAUUUGUGAAAAAUCAAAACGCCAAAGAAUUUUCACAUAUGUUUCCUGAAGCUGUAGAUGCCAUUAUUGAUAAACAUUAUGUGGAUGAUUUCGUAUGCAGUUUUGAUAAUGAAGAUUAUGCUAUACGUUUGUGUAAAGAAGUUGUUCAAAUUCACUCAAAAGCUGGUUUUGAAUUACGUGGCUUUGUAUCCAACUGUAAGAAUUUAGAAACUGCAAUGAAUCCUGUUACAUGUAAUGAACUAAAUGAAGUUAGCAUGGAAAAGCAAGCUACUACUGAUAAAAUUCUGGGAAUGUUUUGGAAUAAACACGAUGAUACUUUUGAAUUUAAAACAAAGUUUUUAAAUCUUAAUCCUGAUGUAUAUAAUGGUGUACGGGUUCCUACCAAAAGAGAAAUGCUCAAGAUUGCGAUGGCAGUUUUCGACCCAUUUGGUUUAAUUGCAGACUUUCUCCUCCAUUCGAAGUUAUUGGUGCAGACUUGCUGGAAAGCAAAUAUUGGUUGGGAUGAUCCAAUCCCGGAAAUUUUACACAAAAAAUUCAAUGCUUGGUGGGAUGAAUUUAAAGAAGUUAGGAACUUCAAAAUACCACGAUGUUUAUCUCCUAUAUUGCACAAAUCAUUAAAUAUUCAACUUCACGUUUUUGUCGAUGCCAGCCAAGAUGCCUUUGCAGCUGUGUGUUAUUUGAGAAUUCUCCAUGAAUCUGUAAUUAAUGUUUCUUUCAUAAUUGGAAAAAUUCGAUGCGCCCCCAAAAAGUUGAUGAGUAUUCCACGGCUGGAAUUGCAAGCUGCCGUGUUAGGAGUACGUUUAAGCAAAGUCGUAACAGAAGAGCGCCGUUUUAAAGCAUUUGUAAGCCACAGAGUUGCUGAAAUUCUAGAGAAUUCUUUACCCACACAAUGGAAAUGGAUCCCAACAAACCUUAAUGCUGCAGAUGCUGGUACACGACCGAAGUAUCCUCCAAAAUUUAUUCAAAAUAGUUUGUGGAUAACAGGACCUGCAUUUUUAUAUGAAGAAGAAUCUUGUUGGCCUAAUAAUGAAGUCGAAUGUCCAGAUUUGUUACAAGAUGAAGUAAAGCCAUGUUUAUUCGCUACAACUAAUAAUAAUAAUACAGUUAUUCAGUUCUCUCGAUUUUCAUCAUAUACUAAAUUAAAGAGAUGUGUAGCUUGGGUUCUUCGUUUCAUAAAAAGUAUUCACUCGACCGAUGAUUUAAGAGCAGAUGAAAUAACAUCCGCAGAUAUUAUUAUAUGCCGUUUGGUACAAAGCGAGUGUUAUCAAAACGAGUUAAAGUAUCUCCAAAAGUUGCAGGCUGUGCCUAAAUCUAGUACAAUACAUUCCUUGGUUCCUUACUUGGAUGAAAAUUCAUUACUCAGAGUUAAUGGACGUUUAGAUGAAGCAUUUUUACCUCUGAAUGCAAGAAGGCCAAUUAUUUUACCUCAAAAGCAUUAUGUUUCGGAACUUAUAAUGAUGCACUAUCAUAUAAAAAACCAUCAUCAGAAUAUGUCGGUAACUAUUAACGAGCUACGUCAAAGAUAUUGGAUACCUCAUAUAAAAUCUGUAUUUAAAAAAGUUGUUAAGAAAUGUUACGUUUGUAAAUAUGAUAAUGCCAAACCCACGCAACCAUUAAUGGGAACGUUGCCACCAGAUCGUGUUACUCCAUUCACACGACCAUUCUCUUACACUGGAGUUGAUUUAUUUGGUCCAUUUAAUGUUGCUAUUGGCCGACGUAAAGAAAAACGUUGGGCCGUAAUAUUUCCAUGCUUAACUACAAGAGGAGCACAUAUUGAAUUAGCAGAAAAUCUUUCCGCAGAAGCAUUUAUUUUGUGCUUUAGGAACUUUGUAAAUCGACGUGGAACGCCUGUUAGAAUUCGCAGCGAUAAUGGCACGAAUUUUAUUGCAUCUCAAAAGCUUUUAAAAAAAGAAGUAAGACUCCUAAAUAUUGAUGAAAUUACGAAAGAAGCAACCAAACAUAAUAUUGAAUGGAUUUUCAAUUGUCCAGCUAAUCCAAGUUCUGGUGGUUGUUGGGAAAGGCUUAUAAGGAUAGUUAAACGCUUAUUACUGAAAACGUUGAGGGAUUCCACGCCACGUCUUGAGACACUACGAAGUGUUCUUAUUGAAGCCGAAAAUAUUAUAAAUUCCCGUCCAUUGACAGAAAUUCCAGUUUCAUCUGAAGAUGCUGAGCCCAUUACGCCUAACCACUUCCUACUAGGUUGUCUUAACACAACGCAAACUCCAAUUACUAACGAAGAAAACAUAUGUCUACGAAAACAAUGGAGGAUUGCUCAAAACUUGAAGGACCGAUUGUGGAAAAGAUGGGUAACUGAAUUCCUUCCUCAACUAAUGCAAAGACCAAAGUGGAAAAAUGCUGUUAGCCCUAUACAAAUAGAUGAUAUUGUUUUAAUCCUUGAUUCAAGUCAACCAAGACACCAGUGGCUCAAGGGCCGUGUAUUAAAAACUUAUCCUUCCAAAGAUGGUCAAGUACGCUUUGCCGACAUCAAAACCAAAAAUGGAGUUACUCGUCGACCAGCCACAAAAUUAGCUGUUUUGAAUUUGUCAAGUGGUGAACCAAUAGCUGGUUCACGAAGGGGGGAAUGUUAG